AUCCCAAUCUCAAUCUGAUUGCUGCUGUCAUAUGCUGUAACUGUUCCACCCACAUAACAAUAUAAACAUAAUAUCUCUCUUACUCUCUCUCAUAAUCUAAUUUGUUCUUCACAAAUUUAUUCUCUUGAUUUGCAUUUUUUUUUCUUGAAAGAUCAAAGCUCUAUUCACUUAACUCUAAUGGAGGAUCGUAAGGAGAAGAACGCACCAUGGCUAUCAGUGCCCCAGUUUGGGGACUGGGACCAGAAGGGUGGUCAAAUGCCUGAUUACUCGCUGGAUUUCUCGAAAAUCAGGGAAAUGAGGAAGCAAAACAAGAGGGAUGUGUCCCGAGCAAGUAUUGGAAAUGAGGAAGAGCUCAUUGCCCCAACUACCACCACCAGUACAAACACUUCUCACAGUGAUCACCACCACCCUCAUUACCACGAGAACCCUCACUCUCCAUCUGUAAGAUUCCUUGUCUUUCCAUGCUUUGUUUCUUGUUUUGCUUUCGGUAUUUCUUUCUAUAUAUAUAAUAAUAUAUAUACUGUGGUAGUUGCUUUUUGUUAUUAAUUAAAGGAAGUUGUCUUAUGAACCCGUAUUAAUGAUGGUGGCAUGCAUGUGGUUGUAGGGUGGUGAUGACUAAACUAUAUCUUUAAAAAAAAGACAAUCUUAAAGUGGGUGGGUCAUAUUCUUACUGAUUAUUAUUACUUACCUUUUUAGUACAACUCUAAUCAACUUGGCUGGUUGCAUUAGUACUAUAAUAUACCCUGGUCAAAUAAUAUUAUACCUUCCCAGGAAAAUUCUAUGGCAAAUAUGUAAUACAAGAUUUUAGGGUGCUGACUGCUGAGCACGUACCUCUUCAGUUAUUUACCAUGUCAAAGUUUGAAAUUAACAAUUUUCUUUUAUUAAUAGUAAGAUGUCUUGUGGAAAGUCUUUUGAGAAAAGGUCAGGUCAAGCCAUGCAUUUUUUAGGAUAAUACUGUAAUGGGGUUGGGGUUUGCCGAUUCUGUUAUUAUAGAUAAUAGUCUUAAGGAAAGUAUCAACAUCCUUCUAGUUUUAGGACAUGUGUUUCAGAUCCAAGUGCGUUAAUUAUGUGGUUAGAAACAAGAAAAGAUGUUGGAUGGUUGGUAGUUGUAGAUGUUUAUUACCUGAGCCACACGUUAGUUCAAGUGGUAGUUUAGUGUAGAUGUUUUGGGCCACAUGAUCAUAUGUGUCUCAAUAAUGCUAUGAAGCCAAAUCAAGAAAACAGAGAAAGGAUAUUCUGUAUGUGCAACAGAAAUGCAAUAAAAUAUUUUGAAAACAAAAAUGUCCUAAUUAAAUAAUACUUAGGAAUAAUAUUAGAUACACCUAUAGGUUGCGCCCAAUUCUAUGUGGUGCACAUGCACCAGCUGUUUUAGACCUUUAUAAUUUGGUCCCUAGCUAGUUAAAUAUAAUUAUAUGAGCCAACCAUUCUCUAAAUAUAAUAAAGAUAAGUACAACUGAAAAGGAUACAGGAAGUAGAGUUCUAACAAUCUUUUAGCUCACAAAAAUUAGUCUUGUAAUUAAUUUUAAAUAUUAAUGCUUUGAAGAGGUACUUUAUUAUUUUCAGUUGUGUAUACCUUAUAGGACAUAACUAUUAAUGAAUAUUGACCGGAAAUAUGCAAAAUAAUAAUAAAUGUUUGAUUGCUUUUAUUUACAAUGGGUGAGAUAAUAUUUGUAUUCUGAUAAAAUAUUUGGUGUUGCUAUCAAAUCGCAGUUGGUACUCUUUGAAUUUAUUACGUAUCAAAAGUUUGAAUUGAUGUGGUCCUCAUAAUAAAUGGUCUUAUUUCAUUUUUCCUUAAACAGCCAAGACGCAGUUUUUUCAGCUACUUCAAUUGUUGUGUGAAAGCUUAAAACCAACCACAUGAAAAUGUGAAGCUGUGAAAGAUUACUUUUUCAUUUCCUGUUGUAUGUUUUUCUCCUUUUCAUUUUAAUUUAUUUUGGAAAAAAGAAAAAAAAGAACAAAAACGAUUAAAUUCCAAAAAAAAAAACCUUGUUUUACCUAUCAGUAAUAUUUUCCCACAAUAUCUAUGUCCUUUAAUCAGUUGAAGAUAGAUUUGGUAAUGUAUUGAUGUGUUUGCUGGCGCUAUAUAGCGUUAUAGCAUAUAUAUAAUAUUAGGCAUGUAAAUUAUUAAGACUUUUGAGCAGAAAAUAAGAUGUUUUCCGAAUAUUUGGUGCUAA